UCUAGACGGUCAUUUUGCAUUAAAUGUUCGUACAUACAAGGAACCUUGAACAACCUGAAACAGCUAGCUAGUGGUAGAAUAGUCAAAAUCUAAGAAGACUACAUAACUGUGGUACCAUGGUAAAUGAAAAACAUUAAACAACAACAAGAAUAACGUAAUUAAAGGCAAAUAAUAAAAAGCACACACAUAAUAAAAUAGACAUCUUUGAAUAAUGGCAACCGUUCGUGACCUUUCUAGAUACCUUUUGUGUCUGUAUUGCAACAAGAAAUUCGACCUAGAAGACAGGAAACCGUAUCUUCUGCCUUGUCAGCACAACAUGUGUCUGCCAUGUCUGGGCACUAUAGGCAGACACGAGUUUGUCUGUUUAAACGAAGCCUGCAAGAAGGAGUACAUUGGCUUCUCAUCGCCACACUCCCUCGCGAUAGACAAACGCGUGGUGGACUGUCUAACAACUCAGUCACAAGACGACGAGCGGUGCUCGAAGGAAUUCCAUGACCAAAAGAAGUUGAAGUACUUCUGCAAGGAUUGCCAACUGCCAGCUUGUUCAGUCUGCGUUCUCACCAAGUGCAAGCAGCACACCACAGAACCGCUCACGAAGACGUACGAACAAGAAAGGCAGGGAAUUGAAGGGCAGAUGAGUAAACUGAAGGAGGUGCAACUUGACUUAGGAAAAAGUGUUCGCUCUAUAGAAAAGGAAGAGGUCAUGUUACAAAACCGCAUCCAAGACGUGUCUGCCGCUUUUAGAGAGGAAGGGGAGGAAAUGAUAAAAGCUGUUGAGUGUAGACAGUCAGUUCUAGCUGAUGAGCUCAAUCGACGUGGAAAUGAAAAGAAUAAGACACUUGUUAAACUGAAAGACAAGUUAGAACUUGACAUCAAGGAAGUGGAAAAUACUCUGAAGAUUGCCGAGAAAGCCAUAGACACAGAGAGUUACGUACAUUUUCUGCUGAAGAAAAACAAGUUGCAAGGCGAAAUCGCCAAACUGAUCAAACCAAUGAAUGCCGAUGACCUAACAAUGAAUGCAGUUGACCUGAGCGAUAUCGCCUUCUCUCCGUGUGACAUGGCAUGUCUUGUCAUGGACACUAAGGCUAAUGAUUAUGUCACUGGGGAUGCUGCACAGAGAGGUCCCCAGAGGGAAUAUAGGAUGUUCGACAGAAAUAUACUCAGAGCAGUACUUGUACUUUCUGGCUCAGAUGUCUAUGGUCCUGAUGGAUUUCGGCUUUUGGUGCGCGGGUCUCCGAAGAACGGAUCACCAAUAAUCAACAAGAUGAUUGAGUUCCCUGAUAUAUGUUUUGAUAAGACAGUCCAGAAUGCACCCUGUUAUGUUCCACCCCGUCAUGUUGCACCCCUUGAUGUCCAGAAUGCACCCUGUUAUGUUCCACCCCGUCAUGUCCAGGAUGCACUCAUUUAUGACGAUUCUGAAGAUUCUGACGAUUCUGAAGAUUCUGAUCGUGGAGCGAUUUUCAAGGCCCUCCAACCACUUCGAGGGUCACACGCUUCCAUGUGGGUUGUUAACAUUGAAUACUAUAAAGCCGGAACCCCGAAAAUAGCUUAUGUGGGAGUAAUUGCGAUGAAGGAGGAUUGCGACGUUCUGGAUAAAGAAAAGAUCAGUGGAGUACUAAUAUCACAGGCCAAUGGAAAACGCUCGUACAAGACGAUUGGAAAAAACCAAAAUGUUCGCUUCUACGGUCAAGAGGAUGACGUCAUGUCCGGUAAAAUGGGGUGCAGACUCGGAUUUCUGACCAAUCCAGACACCCGAUUCUUGCACGUGAUCAACAUGGAUAAGAUGGAGCUCAUUGCCUCAAUACCCGAAUUUGAUGCGAGUCAGGAUCGGCUAGUACCGUGUAUCGCCUUCCACGAUAACAUUUUGGGAAACGUGACACAAGAGUUCAAUUCUGAGAUUUUCACCGACAAUAGAGUGGUGGACAAUAGAGUGGUGGAUGUUAUUCUGCUUGCUUUUUCUCUCGAGAACCAGUCAGAUUAGAACAGGUUCAAAACAACGAAUGCCUUGUCUGUAGACUUCUAUAUACUACGGGAUUUAAGGGCUUGACAUUUUGAUGGACCUGAUCCCAGGUUAAUAGACAAAUAGAUUAUCCACUUGUACCAUAAAGAUUCAAAGAACUUUCAGCGGACUCUGUAUGCGUUACCUUGUUUUCAGGAACGACGGUUGCGGCACACAUACUGCAUAAGAAAAGUGACAUUAUAUUUAACUAAAAUUCACAUUCAUUCAUUCCGUAUGUACUAGUAUAUAUUCUGCAAACACUGCAUUAAAGAAUAAAUAACAUUAGCAUAAUUCUUUGGAAAGUAUAAAGCUGAGAUUCACAUAUAAAGUGUGGAUUCGUGCAUCAUUCCACUUUAAACGAAAAAGAUACACGUGCUACUGGGGCAAAAAAAAAGGAGUCUUUUUUCAUGAGACUUAUUAUAUACUCUUCAAAAAAAGUAGGGGAACUCUAAUAAGAAUUUACAAUUACCAAAAUUGUAAGGUAUAUUGGCUGUGGGGAAUGGAUAUAUGAUAAUAGUGAAUUAAUUGGGCAAACAUUA